UCUGGUAAAUCAGUGAAGCAUGCUCACUUGUCCAUUGUGCAGUUAGCUUCAUGUUUUGCCACAUAUCCAAGUCCAGCAACCAGAGAUUGUGCCUUCGAAACGUCAGGUGUUGGUCUGCCGAUUCCGAAAAUACCCAGUGGUAACACCUACAAAUAUGCGCCUGAAUUCUAUGUUCCUGCUCUAGUGCCAGACUUUGAGAUAUUGGGUCGACUGAAAGUGGAUCAUUUUCUUAAGUUGGAAAUUGGUUUCAAUCGCCACCAGAAGAGCAAACACGCCAUUUGUCUGAUAAAGAUUCCAAUUCUGAUAGGUACAUCGACCGCGCCAGAACGCCCUCCUCCACCAUCAGACAACGAUGCCUGGUGGACAAAAGUCGCUUCAGAUUCAGCAGCAGGAAAAUCCACCGACGGUGGGGCUGAAGGUGAAUCGUUGGAGUCAGGCUAUAUGCCCAACGCUUUCUCCAGGUUACCGCCACCUCCGACUUAUCUGGAAAGUAUCACUGGACGAUCCAACGUUCAGGACGAGGACGAUGCGGAAUGUCCUGCAUAUACGCCGCUCUACUAUGGCCACAAUCCGGCCUUCACUAAUGGAAUAGAGGUUCCAUCAUAUGAUGACAAGAAGGAGAACUAA